GGCCUGGACACUGCAGCUCUGCGGAGGCCGGCGUUGCCUCCGGAACGUGUCCAGAUUGCACGCUUUGGAUCCCGUGCCAUCCCUGGCCCCGUCCUGGCCCAGGGAUCUAUCAGGAAGCUGAGCCCAAACACCUCAGGGACCACGCGGGACCUGGGCGUCCAGUACACCCAAGCGAGCUGCGGGUGCCAGCUUAGGUGGUGAAAGGAACAUAGGGCGAGGGACUCAGGAAAACAAAUGAAAACAAGACCUGGAGAAGUCCUUAUUGAUUGUUUAGAUUCAAUUGAAGACACCAAAGGAAAUAAUGGAGAUAGAGGUAGACUCUUAGUAACAAAUUUAAGAAUUAUCUGGCACUGUUUGCCAUUACCCAGAGUCAAUCUUUCUAUCGGUUACAACUGCAUAUUGAAUAUUACCACAAGGACUGCUAAUUCUAAAUUACGAGGCCAAACUGAAGCUCUUUAUAUACUGACAAAAUGUAACAAUACUCGUUUUGAGUUUAUAUUUACAAAUUUGGUUCCUGGAAGUCCUAGACUUUUCACUUCUGUGAUUGCAGUACACAGAGCAUAUGAAACUUCUAAAAUGUAUCGUGAUUUUAAAUUGAGAAGUGCACUAAUUCAAAAUAAACAACUAAGAUUAUUACCACAAGAACAUGUAUAUGAUAAAAUCAAUGGAGUAUGGAAUUUAUCCAGUGACCAGGGAAAUUUAGGAACCUUUUUUAUUACCAAUGUGAGAAUUGUGUGGCAUGCAAAUAUGAAUGACAGUUUUAACGUCAGUAUACCAUACCUGCAAAUUCGUUCAAUAAAGAUUAGAGAUUCAAAAUUUGGUUUAGCUCUUGUCAUAGAAAGCUCUCAGCAGAGUGGAGGAUAUGUUCUUGGCUUUAAAAUAGAUCCUGUGGAAAAACUACGGGAAUCAGUUAAGGAAAUCAAUUCACUUCACAAAGUCUAUUCUGCCAGUCCAAUAUUUGGGGUGGAUUAUGAGAUGGAAGAAAAGCCACAGCCCCUUGAAGCUCUGACAGUUGAACAAAUUCAAGAUGAUGUAGAAAUAGACUCUGAUGAUCAUACAGAUGCUUUUGUGGCUUAUUUUGCUGAUGGCAAUAAGCAACAAGAUCGUGAACCUGUAUUUUCAGAAGAACUGGGGCUUGCAAUAGAGAAAUUGAAGGAUGGAUUCACCCUACAGGGACUUUGGGAAGUAAUGAGUUGAUCUUGAGUUGAGCUGGAUUUCUUUACAGAUAUCUCAAGAUUAAAGAUAGUUGUCACCUGCUAUAAGGCAUGAAAUAAUUUUUACAUUUACAGAAAUAGUUUUUAAGAAUGAGUUUUUUAAUGAUUAAGGAAAAACUCAUUUAUCUAAGAUUUUACUGCCAGUUUUCUAAAAAUUAUAUUUAAAAUUGUAAUCAAAAUAUAUCUGGUUUGUAAAUAUGUUUAUUUUUUACCUAAUACUUGUAAAUUACUAGUCUGCAGAUACUAAAUGACUGUAUCAUGUUGGAUUUAAUAAAGAAUUUAUGCAGCACCAUUUAAUGUUUUGAAAGUAUUAUUAAAAGAAUAAGACUAUUCUUAUGGAAUAAUCAAAAUACAGCUUUUUAAAUUAUAAAUAUAUGCUUUAAAUAUAUUAUCACAUAGCUCCAAAUGUAAGCCAACUCUUAAUAUAACUUACAACCCUUA